CCUUCCCCUUUUUAGCCACCGCUUUCUCCUCUCUAUUUUCUUUCACCUUCUCUCUUUUCUUUUUUAUUCCCAAUAGAACUGACACAAUCUUUCCUUCUUUGUCUCUCCUCAAGUUUCAGACCUUCUUCUUUGCGUCUUUUAGCAGGAAAAAAAAAAAAAAAAAACAACAUGGUUGGUAUCUUUUCGUUGGUGACAGGGUGGCCUGGGCCAAGUGGCUUUGGUUCCUCUUCUACUGCUGAACAGGUUACUCAAGGAAUCGAUGGAACCAAUCUCACUGCUAUAAUAACUGGAGGUGCAAGUGGGAUCGGGUUGGAGACUUCACGAGUAUUGGCUCUUCGAGGUGUUCAUGUCAUUAUCGGUGCAAGGAACGUGAAAGCUGCGAAUGAAGCCAAAAAGACUAUUCUUACAGAAAUCGAAACCGCACGUGUUGAUGUUUUGGAGCUGGAUCUUUGCUCCAUUAGAUCCAUUAGAGCAUUUGCUGACAACUUCAUUGCUCUUAAUCUUCCUCUCAAUAUCUUAAUAAACAAUGCUGGGAUCAUGUUCUGUCCCUUCCAGCUUUCACAAGAUGGAAUUGAGGUUCAGUUUGCAACUAAUCAUAUUGGGCAUUUCCUCUUAACUGAGCUUCUUUUAGACAAAAUGAAGAACACAGUGAAAACUACUGGUAUUCAAGGAAGGAUUGUUAACUUAUCAUCAAUAGCCCACACCCACUGUUAUAAAAAUGGGAUCCGAUUUGAUCACAUCAAUGCUAAAGAAGGUUACAAUGACAAAAGAGCGUAUGGGCAGUCGAAAUUAGCAAAUAUAUUACAUGCCAACGAACUCUCUCGUCGAUUGCAGGAAGGUGGUGUCAACAUCACAGUGAAUUCGGUUCACCCAGGAUUGAUUAUGACGCCUCUAUUUAGGCACUCUGCCGUCCUCAUGAACUUCUUGAAGUUCUUCAGUUUCUUCCUGUGGAAGAAUGUUCCCCAGGGGGCGGCGACGACCUGCUACGUGGCCCUCCACCCACGGCUGAAGGGAGUCACCGCCAAAUACUUUGUAGACUGCAAUGAGAUGACACCAAGUUCAUAUGCAAGAGAUGAGGCUUUGGCAAGGAAACUAUGGGAUUUCAGUCACAAAUUGAUUAACUCAGUUUCUAAACCUUGAAUCCAAUAUCACAAGCUCUCUCUAUCAGAGAUGAAAAGUUAUUACCAAUUAUAUACAAAGACAGAAGCCUACUGAAACAGUUGCAUUCUCUCCCAUUUCCCAUCAUUAUUGUAUUAGUAGAAGUACUAUAAAAGAAGAAAAGAUUUUCAGCAUGGGCAGUUGAAGCAUAACUCAAGAACAAAAUAGUAGUUUCAUGCAUGUGUCGUUCUUCAAUGUUUGUGAGGGAAUAAAAUCCUUUGUAUCCAUUAUUAAUAUGUUUUUGAAUUAUACUCAUUUAUCCUUUCUCA